UGAGGUGAGGAAUGGAAUGCUCCAGGAACUCCAUCCUCUUCCAGACGCUCCAAAAAAACUUACCAAUUUGAAUUUUGCUGUCUGAAAAAUGACAACUUAGAGGAAUUUAACUAUCGUAAAGUUUAUUUCGCUCAUUGUUGUUCCUGAAAGCAUGGCGGCAGAGCCGAAGCUGAACGGCACUGGCACUGAACUUCUGGAAGUUGACAUAUGCUCCGCGGAGGACAGCGGAGUGUUCGUCCACUCGGCGGAGUCCCUCCAGGAGGAGUUCUGCGGCUUCCAGCCGUGGACCUGGCCCGGAGAGUCUCCCUCUGAGCCUCCACCACAGCCUGCAGGAGAGCCGGAGGUCCCCGCUGAGCCUGCUGCAGACCCGCCUGGCCCCGGCACCCCGUCCAGAAGGAACGACGCGGGCAGUGACAGCGACUCGGUGGAGCUGGGAGACGGACUGACGGCUCCGAGGACCUCCAUCGUGGACUGCCUGCUGGUGGAGCUCUACGAGACGUACAGCGGGGGCAGCAGGAGGAAUGUGGACAGCUGGGACAGCUCCACGGAGGCGUCCGGGUCCGAUGCCUUCCUGGGUCGCAGUAACUCCGGGUCCAGUUUCCUGCAGGAGCUCCAGGAGAAGCACACCAGGAGGCACCAGAUGAAGUACCUGGCCCAGAAAGCUCCGGAGGAACUGCUCUCCAUCAUCCAGGAGGUGAAGCAUCGCACUGGCCUGCAGUCCGCCAAACUGAUGCGUCAGCUGAGGAGACGAGACCGCCUCGUCCACAAGCUGCAGAAGAACUACGACAUUAUCACGGCAUGUCUGCAGGCCGUCUCGCAAAAACGACGAGUUGACACGAGGCUCAAGUUUACCAUCGAACCUUCACUCGGAAAGAACGGAUUCCAGCAGUGGUACGAUGCCCUCAAAGCUGUGGCAAGACUCCCGACAGGGAUCCCGAAGGAGUGGAGGAAGAGGGUUUGGCUGACGCUGGCGGACCAGUACCUCCACAGCAUCUCCAUCGACUGGGACAAGACGCUUCGUUUCGCCUUUAAUGAGCGAAGUAACCCAGACGACGACUCCCUGGGCAUCCAGAUUGUGAAGGAUCUGCACCGGACGGGCUGCAGUUCAUACUGCGGCCAGGAGGGGGAGCAGGACCGGGUGGUGCUGAAGAGGGUGCUGCUCGCCUACGCCCGCUGGAACAAGAGUGUGGGCUACUGCCAAGGGUUCAACGUGUUGGCGGCGCUCAUACUGGAAGUCACAGAGGGCAGCGAGAGCGACGCGCUCAAGGUCAUGAUCUAUCUGAUCGACAAAGUGCUGCCAGAGAGUUACUUUGCCAACAACUUGCGUGCUUUGUCAGUGGACAUGGCGGUGUUCAGAGACCUGCUGCGCCUCAAACUGCCCAGACUGUCGCAGCACCUCCACCACCUUCAGAAAGCGGCCAACCGGGAAGCCGGAGGCAGCUACGAGCCGCCGCUGACCAACGUGUUCACCAUGCAGUGGUUUCUGACCAUGUUCGCCACCUGCCUGCCGGCGCCCGUCGUGCUGAAGAUCUGGGACUCGGUUUUCUUCGAGGGGUCCGAGGUGCUGUUCCGGGUCGCUCUGGCCAUCUGGGAGCGUCUGGGAGAGAGGAUCGAGUACUGCCAGACUGCAGACGAGUUUUACAGCACGAUGGGCUGCCUGACGCAGGAGAUGCUGGAGCACCACCUCAUCGACUCCACCGAGCUCAUGCAGGAGGUCUACUCCAUGGCGGUGUUUCCCUUCCCCCAGCUGGCUGAGCUGAGAGAGAAGUACACCUACAACAUCACUCCGUUCCCCACCUCAGUCAAGUCCAACGGAAGUGGUGGUCUGGGCAGUUGGGAGAGUGACGACGAUGCCGACAUGGAUGACGAAGAUUCGGUGGUGACGGCUCUCGGCUGUUUGGGGCCCCUGGGUGGCCUUCUGGCCCCCGAGCUGCAGAGAUACCAGAAACAUCUCAAAGACCAGCGAGCCGAGCAGAGGAACAUCGGAGAGCUGAGCCCGGGAGCGGUGGGGGCCGGGGGAAGCACGGGAGGAGGCGCGGGAGGAGGCGGUGCCAGGGCAGAGCACCAGGCGGCCAUCAACAGCAUGAUGAUGGAGAGGAUGAGCACCGACAUCUACGCCCUGAAGAAGCAAUACACACGCAUCAAGAGGCGGCAGCAGCAGCAGGCUAUGCAACUCUACAUACACACAGGACCCGGACCUGAAAUCCCCACAAGUGCAGGAAUCCUUCAGGAGGUUUCCCGCAAACACACCAACACGCCCGAGCUGCACUGUAACGACAAGUGUCCUGCCACCCGCGUCCUGGCCUCCCAGCUCAAUCCUUCCAGUUCGGUGAUCAACCACCUCCUCCUGAGUCGGAAGCCACCCGGGGGUCCUCGAGGUGGCAGACCCUCCCCGGCGCUCCCCGGGGCCCGGCCGACCUCUCUGCACCAGGCCCACUGCUCCCCGGCCCGGCACCGCCGCGGCUCGCUGCCGUCCAACAGCAGCGGCUCCCCGGCGAGCUGCGGCGGCGGCGGCUCCGGCUCGCCGUGGCGAGCUCACGUCCGGCAGCAUCGGAGGAACAUAGCCAGGGCUCGGGCUCAGCUGGGAUUUGGGGAUUCGGAAGACAGGGAUGAUGACGAAGAGGAGGAGGACAAAGGACAAUCCGUCCGCGUGGAGAAAGAAGAAGAGAGGGAGGUUGAGGAAGAUGUUGAGCAGAAAGAGGCGACUGACUCCUCGGUGCUUCCAUCUCCAGAUUCCUCGGUGUGUGAAGAGCCUCAACAUGAGUCCGACACGACGAAGGAAGCAGAGGUCGCGGAGGUGGUGGUGCAGCUGGAGUCUCUGGAUCUGGAAUCGAACGCGGCGACGUCCGACAGCUUAAACACAGACACACAACCCAAAGCGCCCGAGUCCGAACCUGCACAGCCAGUCCCUCUUCUUCCUCCGCCGCCGUCCUCAAGCCGCCACAGAAAGUCCGAAUGCUGCGAUUCAGACAGAAACACCGGCUCAGAAAGCCACUCUCCUGCCAUACCCCACCCUCUGCACUCCUCCAGCUCCAUCCCCUCUUCCUCCUCCUCCUCCCAGAGUCCCUCCCCUUCCCCCGUUCCUGCGUCAACCUCUCCAGGUCCGUCCUGCUCUUCUUCCCCAACACCAACCUCCACAUGCCAUCUUCCAUCCUCCUCAUCGGUCCACAGCUUGUCUUCUCUCCCUCCUGCGUCUACCUUCUACAAAACCUGCUCUCCCUCUACUCCCUCGCUCUCCUCUGUCUCCUCCUCGUCUAAUUGUCACGUCCCAUCUUCCCCAUCGACCCCGGGAUUGUCGUCCGCUGCCUCUGCGCCCAAGCAGCAGGUAUUCUCCCCGUUUCCUUGCGUGAAGCAGCCCAGGAAGUCGGCCGCGGCCAGAAACCUCGGGCUGUACGGCCCGACGUCUAGAACACCCACAGUACACUUCCCUCAGCUCAGCCGCAGCCUCAGCCGGAGCAGCACUGCGGCCGGGAUCAGCGGCACGCGAUGAAAUCCAGUCCCGAACUGAUGCUGGAAGCACCCACCGAAACCACCCAACUGCACCAUGUUGCCUCCUACAGUGACACCCGUAGACCAGAAGGCUAGAAAUGCAAGAAGUAAACCACAGAUCUAGAGAUUAGAGUCAUCAUGAAAGCCACUCCAAACAUUUAGGAAGUAGCAGAACCAUCAAGCCUAAAGGAAAUUCCUGUUUGUGUUUUCAGCACGUCCAAGAAGUUGAGGACUCGAUCAAGACCUUCGCAGUGGCCUAUGCAGGUCCUUCCUGACCUUUAAACGAUUGAAUAAAAGAUAAUGUGACCCGAAAGCAAACUAUUCUACAGACUUUCUGCUGUGUUUUGGGGAAUUCAGAUUUGGGCCAUGUGUAUGCAUUUUUUUUUCAGUAACAGCUUGUGUCCCUCGAAGAGGGCUCCACCUGGACUGAAAAAUGAUCGAUGAGUAAUUCCCUCUUAACUCGCUGACCAUAUUCGAAAAGUUAAUGAAGUAUCUUUUCCUGUGAGUUUGCACAAUAGCCAUCCAGUUGUUUCUUUGCCAAGUAUUUAAGAAAUCAAUCACUACACAUGAAACAACAGAUACCUAAGAAUUUGUGAAAAGACAAAUCUAAUAACUUUGUGUGUGUGCGUGUGUGCUUACAAACCUGUUCACUCUGUGAUUCUCUGAGAGCACUGAACUUUUUUCUUUUGAAUAUUAAAAAAAAACAAAAAAACAUUCUGUACAUUGUGGUCUUAUGAACACCAGAACUCUUCAUCUCAUUCUGCGAUGGAGCGCGAAUGCUGCACAAGUUUGAUCAUGCUGUGUUUUGAUCAAGGAUUGGAUACUGAAUGAAAUGUGACAAAUACAAAUACAAAACCAUGUUUGAA